CCGGGAGGACUCCUCAUCUGUAACCCCUCUCCCCGCCAGCCCUAGGCCAGAGAGACAGGGAGGCUGCCAGGGAGAUGACUGGGCACUGGCUGGGGUUACUCGGGUCGAAGCUGCUGCUCUGGGGAGCAGCCAGCGCCCUCUCCCUAGCCGGCGCCACCGUCCUGCUCCACCUUCUGCCGAUGGUGGCGAGCUACGCGCGGAAAUGGCAGCGGAUGAAGCUUAUACCAACCGUGGGCCGCGCCUUGCCCUUGGUGGGACACGCUCUGAUGUUUAAACCCAGCGGGAAAGCUUUUUUCCAGCAGAUUAUGGAGUACACAGAGGAAUACCGAAAUAAGCCACUGCUUAAACUCUGGAUUGGCCCAGUGCCCCUGGUGGCCCUGUAUGAAGCAAACAAUGUGGAGGUGAUUUUAAGCAGUUCAAAGCAAAUUGACAAGUCCUUUAUGUACAAGUUUCUAGAGCCAUGGCUUGGCCUUGGGCUUCUUACAAGUACUGGAAACAAGUGGCGCUCCAGGAGAAAAAUGUUGACACCCACUUUCCAUUUUACAAUCCUGGAAGAUUUUUUCGAUGUCAUGAACGAACAUGCAAAUAUAUUGGUUACAAAGCUUGAGAAGCAUGUUGAUCAAGAAGCAUUUAAUUGCGUUUUCUCCAUCACUCUUUGUGCCUUAGACAUAAUCUGUGAAACAGCUAUGGGGAAGAAUAUUGGUGCUCAAAGCAAUGGUGAUUCUGAGUAUGUCCGUGCAGUUUAUAGGAUGAGUGAUAUGAUCCAUCGAAGAAUAAAGAUGCCCUGGUUUUGGCUUGAUCUUUUGUACCUUAUGUUUAAAGAAGGAUGGGAACAUAAAAGAGGACUUAAGAUCCUACAUACUUUUACCAACAAUGUCAUUGCUGAACGGGUUAAUGAAAUGAAGACAGCGGACGAAUGUAGCUCAGGAAGCGACUCUGUCCCUUCCAAAACCAAACGCAAGGCUUUUCUGGACUUACUUUUAAGUGUGACUGAUGACAAUGGGAACAAGCUAAGUCAUGAAGAUAUUCGAGAAGAAGUUGACACCUUCAUGUUUGAGGGCCAUGAUACCACUGCAGCUGCAAUAAAUUGGACCUUAUACCUUUUGGGUUAUUAUCCAGAAGUCCAGAAAAAAGUGGAUAAUGAAUUGGAUGAAAUUUUUGGGAAGUCUGAUCGCCUUGCUACAUUAGAAGACUUGAAGAAGCUUAAGUAUCUCGAAUGUGUCAUUAAGGAGACUCUUCGUCUUUUUCCUUCUGUCCCUUUUUUUGCCCGGAGAAUUACUGAGGACUGUGAAGUGGCGGGUUACAAAGUGUGGAAAGGCACGGAAGCAGUUAUCAUUCCCUAUGCUUUGCAUAGAGAUCCUAAGCACUUCCCAGACCCCGAAGAAUUCCAGCCGGAGCGAUUCUUUCCUGAGAAUUCCCAAGGACGUCACCCGUACUGCUAUGUGCCCUUCUCUGCUGGACCUCGGAACUGUAUAGGUCAAAAGUUUGCUAUGAUGGAAGAAAAGACCAUUCUUUCUUGUGUCCUGAGACACUUUUGGGUGGAAUCGAACCAGAAAAGAGAAGAACUUGGCCUAUCAGGAGAUUUGAUUCUUCGGCCAACGAACGGCAUCUGGAUCAAGCUGAAGAGGAGAAACACAGAUAAAUCUUAAAAUAUGUUCCCAGGCUGUGCCAAGAUAAAGUCACUCUGUAAGGGAUACCUGAUGAGAAAUGUAUAGAUCAUGAAUCUGGUACCCUGAAUUUCCUGACCCCAUUACUUUUGUUGUUCUACUGCGCUUGGAAUCUACUUUAUCAAAGAGAAGGCUUUUGUACUUUUCUAAAAAAAAAUAUUGUUGUAGAUGUUAGGUUACCCAUGCCGCUGAAGUACAGUGAACUAUUGAGGUACAGUCAAUACCCAAAUAAACAUUUAUCAAGUUUCUCAAAAGAGAAACUCAUAGGACAAUCCCAUUUAAUUUGGUUGACUCAAAGGAUGUAAUUUAAUUGCGGGUCCCAGGGCUUGAACUGGGACCAGCGCACAAAAAAGUGGCCUGGGCACUGUCCCUGAGCUAUGUUUUGCUAGAGUCUUGUGCUUUAGCUCCCUUUAUUGGCUUUUUGGUGAUUAAUUGGAGAUAAGCAUCUCACAGGCUUUCCUGCCCGAGGCCGGCUUCAAACCACAAUCUUCAGACCUAAGCCUCCUGAGUUGCUAGGAAUGUAGAAGUGAGUAGUUUGACUUAAGAGGCCUAGGUUUAAAAAUUUUUAUCAGUGGCAACAGUUAUGGUAAUCAUCAUUAUGGGACUUUUCAGAUUUUACUACCUAGAGCAGAUCAUUUGCAUGCUGACUUUCCUUUGUUUAAUAUGCCCUUGUAGUCUUCUUUUUAUUAUGACCUGCAUUGAACAAGUUCCUUCGGGCAGUGUCCAGUUAGAGUAGAACUUUUCUUCUUUUACUCUCAUAUUAGGAAUAGCAAAGUAUGAUCUACAAGAAAAGAAAUUUCUACUCGAAGUCCUUCUAGAAGCUGGGACAGAUCUAGAAAUCAAGGUCUGUACUCUAGAUCUCUCUACUCCUUUCUGCUGCAUUUUCUAUAAUACACUAUGGCCUUACAGAUCUCGACUAUGAUUUAGUUGUGUUAUUAUAACUCAAGAUUUCUGCCUGUUGUUUAGACAUAUUUCUUUUGGAAUUCUCCCACCUUCAAAAGAAAAAAGAAGCUUGAUCUAUGCCUAGUAAGCUAAUAAUAAUCUACUUUAGUUUAGGGCUAGACCUCUACUUAAUUCAGUGUCGCAGAACCUAUCUAUCCAACUAUUACAUAUGUCCUGAAUUUAAAUUUGUAUUUAAUACCUCUAUUUCUUACUGAUUUAAAAACUUAUUUUAAUAAAUAAAUUUCACAA